AUGUAUUCACCAUGGACAACAUCAAUGCCUUGUUUAUUUUCAAAUAAUACUAAUCUUAAUUAUAGAAAUCAACAGCAACAACAACAACAACAACAACAACAAAAGUUUAAUUCAUUAUAUAAUAGUAAUGAUUAUUUAAUAAGUUCAUUGAAUAAUCUUGAUUUAUCAAAUCCAUUUAAUAUUGUUGCAACUAGAUCACCAAUUUCAUCAGUUUGGUCAUUGAAUAAUCUUGAUUAUUAUUAUUAUCAAAUAAAUGAACAACAAGAAAAACAAGAAUUUAAAAAUAAUUAUUUUGAACCAUUACCUUUUAUUAAUACACAAAAUCAAUCAAUACAAAAUAAUUAUCCACAAUUAUCUCAAAAACAUGCCAUUAUUAAACAAAUGAUCGCUCAAAAAACUAAACAACAACAACAACAAUAUUAUCAUCAUCAUUCCCAUUAUAAGAGUUGUGAUAAUCUAUUUUCUUCAAUAUGUGAUCGAAAAAAACGACAAAUAUGUAGAUUUUGUAAAACAAAUGGUGAAUCAGCUAGUGUUUAUACUUCACAUGUUUUACGUAAUAUUGAUAAUGAAAUCGAAUGUCCUAUUCUUAUGGCAUAUGUUUGUCCAAAAUGUGGUGCUACUGGUAAAUCAGCUCAUACAAUAAAAUAUUGUACAGCUUUGUCUGAAGGUGAACGUGUUGCAUUACCAACAGUUAAAUUAUUUAAAGAAGGUCGAUCUUCUUCAGGAAAUAUGAAUUUAUUCAAAAAAUAA